UUCUUUAACAUUAUAACGUUAAACAAUUAUAAUAGUGUUGCAGUAUAAAUGAGAUGGAUUUCGUGGAUUACUUGCCUUUUGUAAAGCAGCAAAUAUAUUCAGAAUUGUCUGUGGAUCGCCAUAGUGAUGGUAAAGUAAAACCCCAGUAAACCCUAAUAUUUCUUUUCUGGUAUUUGAGGUAACAGCUGGGUGUGCCCACACACAGUGGUCCAUGGGAAGCACUGAGUUUGGGUCCUGCCUCCCCCACUGUGGAGGCUUCACAUGUAAUGCAAAUUCUCUGAGCCUCUGUUUCCCAAUUAUGAAAAGGGGAUAAUCAUCACUUCUCUGAGAACCUCAUAGAAUUGGUUGAAAGACCAAAUGAUAAAAGUGUUUCACAAACUCUGAAGAGCAAGAUGUUAUUAUUAAGAUGUCAUCUGGUCACUUUGAAUUUAGAGUGUUGUGGUCUCCAUUAUCUGAUUCCGGAAGAGAAGGAGCCAAACGCUGAAGAUAGAUACCUCUGUGUUUCCUUCUUCCUUGUCCUGUUUGUGGCAGGGAAGAGUGCCUGCCAGGGGAGGAGGAAAAAAAGCUGGGCAAUGGGCAAGUUAAGGAGGGUGACUUUCAGACCCAGGCAGACCUGGCUUUGAAUGUGGGCUCCUCUACUUUCUGGCAGGUUGACCUGAGGCAUGUCACUUAAUCUCUUUGAGCAUCAGCUGCCUUAGGGUGAUGUCUUAUGUGGUCACUAAAAUCCUGGUAGCCAGCAGAUGAAGGCCCUGUUAUUAUUUGACAUCACCAUUUGGGAAAAACAAAGAACACCUUGGCUUUGAAGACUGUUGGUCAGCAGACAUCGUCUCUUCUCUGGGAGAAAGUAAAGACAGGACCCCAGGAUGCUGUUAUCCUGCAUAGAUUUCAGGUACAUCACAGACGUCCUGACUGAGGAGGAAGCCUAUGGAAUACUGCAGAAAGGUCAAAUUGGCAAAAAAGAGAGAGAAAGGCAAAUGCUGAUGCAUGGCUACCCUGCCUACACGACAUCAUGUGCCUGGCUGGGGUACUCGGAUGACACGCUGAAGCAGCUCUGCACCGAGGCCCUGCAGGACGGCUGGACCAGGUUUAAGGUAAAAGUGGGUGCUGAUCUCCAGGAUGACAUCCGUAGGUGCCGACUCAUCAGAAACAUGAUUGGACCCGAGAAGACGUUGAUGAUGGAUGCCAACCAGCGCUGGGAUGUGCCUGAGGCAAUAGAGUGGAUGUCAAAGCUGGCUGAGUUCAAGCCACUGUGGAUUGAAGAACCCACCUCCCCUGAUGACAUUCUGGGACAUGCCACCAUUUCCAAGGCAUUGGUCCCACUAGGAAUUGGUGUCGCCACAGGAGAGCAGUGCCACAAUAGAGUCAUAUUUAAGCAGCUUCUCCAAGCGAAAGCCCUGCAGUUUCUCCAGAUUGACAGCUGCAGGCUGGGAAGUGUCAAUGAAAACCUCUCAGUGUUGCUGAUGGCCAAAAAGUUUGAAAUUCCCGUUUGCCCCCAUGCUGGUGGAGUUGGCCUCUGUGAAUUGGUACAGCACCUGAUUAUAUUUGACUUCAUAUCAGUUUCUGCAAGCCUUAAAAACAGGAUGUGCGAAUAUGUCGACCACCUGCAUGAACAUUUCAGGUAUCCAGUGACGAUCAAGAAGGCUUCCUACAUGCCUCCUAAGGAUGCUGGUUAUUCAACAGAAAUGAAGGAGGAAUCUGUAAAGAAACACCAAUAUCCAGAUGGUGAAGUCUGGAAGAAACUUCUUGCUGCUCAAAAUAAUUAAAUGUUCAGCCCCAGUACUCUUUCCUUUUUCAAGUAAAAAGGCUUAAAACUUUUUGGGUAUGGUUUUACAAAAACGGGGGAAAAAUCACCCUAGCAAUCAAAACAAAUUCAGCUGAAAGUCCUGUUGACCUCAGGAAUCAGCUCAGUCAUCAUUAUUACUUAAUUCUUUUAGCAAAUAAACAUAUAUUCUCCUUAUUAAUCCUUAAACAAAUUUAGAUUUAACUCAAAAUCCAGAAAGAUGUUCUUACAAAAUUUCUAUCAAGUGCUGGUACCUAGACAUUAAACUGCACUUUGAAAAUAAGCAGCAGGUUAUUUAAUUGUUGGAACAAUGCCUUAUUCUAUCUAACAUCUGUCAGAAAUUAGCAGGGUAAAAAAAUAGUCCUGCAGUGCCAUGUGUGUGUCACGAAGGUAACUGGUGUGUAACAAAGGUAAAAGGAUUUCACAGAUAAGCCCUGGAGUGGUUUAGCAUUUCUAUUCUUGCUCAGUCUAAAUCUAUCAGUAGAGGAUUCACACGAUACUGAAACUAUGGCAGCAGUAAUGAGCAUGAAAAUGGCAUUUCAUGUAUUAUUUUUCCAUAACCCUUAAGUAAACCUUUAUCCUAAAUGGUCAUUAAAUGCUAAUGAUAAAAUGCAGCCAGAAUUAGAUGAACUGCAGAAAAACAGGGCAAAAUACAGUUUAGUCAGCAUUUCUAAAAUAUACUAACCCUCUAAGCAGGAUCCAAACGAGAAUACAGCAUAUGUUUAUUUAGGAGGGUUCAGUUAAAUCUAUUUUAGGCAAGCAGUGAGCAGAAUGGCAAUACAGAAUAAAAAAAAUUAAAAAACAAAACACCAGAUGAA